ACACUGCUUCCAACAAAAUAUCAGUCUGUUUACGGUACGGGAGUGUGUUAUACCGCCCAGUUGUACUCCCAUUUUUCGCCCGGUAUUUGAUAAUGUUAAUAACUAACAAAAAUCCCAGACGAAAACACCACACCCGCCAACUGGAUCGUUGAUCCACCAAAAUCGCAUCGAUCUAGCCGGCUGUGCUUGUAGUUUCCCGCAAACAUGUGAAUUCUUUAUGACAUUAUCGAUUCAAAAGAAUAGUGCCCGAAACAGCAUUUUUCCGCGUCACGGUUGUUUCAGUGCAGAUUGUUAAAGAGUGCGAUGGUUUAGUGUUUUUUUUUUUGCUUGUUUGUUAUAGUGGAUUACACCUGCAGAUACAGUGGUGGCUUUGUGCGGUCAACGAACAGGUUUUAAUAGUUCAAGAUGUCUGCCGGUACCAGUCUGAGUUUUGUGGUCUGUACAGUGACCAUAAUCCUGGCCGUGGCGGUUUCUUUCACACAAGGUGGCUGCGAGUUCAAAAAGUCGUGGAUCGGCAGGUGGUUCUUGAGUGGCGUUCCUAAUUUAAUCUACAUCAACUCAACUCACAUAGAAACAAAAGGCGAAUGCUACGAAGAGCAAGGCGACAAAUACCUCGUCUACGAAAAGUCUGACAAUUGCUACAGGUGUAUGGCGAUACACGAGAAGCACGAAACCGUUCUCCAAUACAAAGAAACGUUCUGUGAAGUUAAAGGCUCUUUACAGGAUAUCUGUUACGGGAUAACCGGAGAUGCACCCUUAUACAGCAUGUUCCGUAAACAUCCGGAGGUUAAACCAGUGGCAUGUCCGUUCAAAAGUGCCCCUUUUACUUUCAGUUAUAACAGGGGCUCGGGCGAUUGCAGCUAUCCGGCCAGCAAAGCUGAGAGCUGUACGGAUGACUCGAGGCUGGUGCUCAAAUAUCAGGCCUGUCCUGAUGUGCCCUCCACGGAAAGUAACGUGGAAGAACUAGUAUGUCUAGCUGUGUGGAAGGAAGGUUCCACCCGCUACCUCAUUGGUCGAAUCUCGCAAGGCAAUCGCAGAAACCUGAUCUCAGACGAAGACCAAUACCGUUGCUUCAUUUACCAAAGAAACACCGAAAACGGAAAGACUGUCUACAACAUCGCCCAAUCGGGCGACGCCACGUGCAACGGCCUCCAAAACGCUUUCGAAGGAAGCAGAACAAUGAAACUCACCACCGUGGACAACCACCACAACAGGUGCAAAUUUCCACUGUGGAUCACCGACCACCACACCUGGCUGAGUCUGGACCACCACAAGACCUACAGAUUCAGCUCGAAGAACGCAACUUUGAAGAUUCUGGACGACGAAGCGCCCAAACCGAACAAAGUGCACCAGAAUUACGCGUUCGAUUUCCAGGAAUUCGGAUUCGAAUCGCAAGAUCAAAGGCAGCAGAACUCCGAUAUGCGGUUGGUGUGUCAUAUGAUCCUGCAGUCGCAUGAUCACAAGAAAGUUCAAAUUGUUGCUCAUAUUACAUCCGGAUGUGACAGCGGCUAUGUUUGCAUGAUGUUCUACAAGAGGGACUCCAAUGUGAUUGAAUUACAGCAAUCAGAAAAUUACGCAGAGAAUCCAGAUGAUGCUUGUGCCAAUUUUAACCCGACCACAACCCCCUACACGACACUGAUCACCACAACUUUACACACGAAAAAGUGCCCCCACCUCGGCCGCUACACUCUAUUCAACCCAAUUGCAUCAAGCUCGGAACAACGUAAAAAAAGACAACAGCCAGCUGAAAAAUCUCAAUUUUCAGACGACUCUGGCUCCUCUAAUCAACUCUCAGCCGAUUGUUAUUCCCACAAUUACGAGGCUUUGGCAGUGGGCUGUGGCGGUUCUCACGGCAUGGAGUUCCGGUCGUCUUGCGCCCAACAGACCAUCAGCGAAUAUUCGUGUCAUGGGAGUUGGGAAGAAAACGGAAUUUCGUACGUAAUCGCGUCGCCGGUGGCACGAAAAUCAACAGACGCACUGCGAUAUUGUUUCAUUUAUACGUUGUCAAACCAGCCGGAGACGACCGUAAUCGAAGGCUCGUUAGGAAAGAAGGUUGAGCCUCCGAUCUUGCGACUAUCGGGAGUUUCGGAGAGUUGCCAUCGACACGUCAUACCGGGAGUUACCGGAAAUUGGGCGUUCAACUUUACCAGCAACGGAACCUGCUCAGUUGACAACGAAAAUUCGAGCCCGAUUGCAAUUCCUGCAACCCUGCUCGUCCUCCUUUCAGCGCUGGCAGCCCUGGUUAUAAGAUGAUGAAGACGGGCAGUUCUUCAUACUUUAUCAGAGUAUUAAGUGUUUUAUAAAAGGACUUAGUAAGAUAAUUCAAUACCCGUUUUAAUUUCGUCUCCGAUUUGGUUCGGUUUGUAAAUGUUGGCUUAAUUUUUUGUAAUUAUUCCUCGACCCCAAUUAAUUAUACAAGCACGUGUGUAUUUUAUUGUAAUAAUAAUGUGGAGCUUAACGGUACAACGAAUGUUAUUUUUGUGUUCCGUGCUUGUGUAACUAGCGGUCGAACUGUAUGUAUGUUAUAGCACAAAUUGUAUAUUUACGUAUUUUCUUGCCUGUAUAUAAUUUUCGUGAUUGUUUAAAAAAAAUGAAAAUACUGUGAUGGAAAGUAGCUUGUUGAAAAAUGAGAAGGCGGUUAUUAAAAUGUUUUAUACCUAGUUUCUCUUGCCAUAUGCAACUAGCGGUCACUGCGUUUUUCGAUGAAGAAGAAAUUUGUUGUAUAGAUGUUGCCUCCCUUGUACUUCUAGACAAAUUCUAAAUAUGUAUCUAGACGAACGAAAUGAACUCAAAACAAGCUAUUGUCUGUUAGGAGAGUAACUUAGACGUACAUUUUAUACCGGACACGACACAGUAUUCUGAAGAGUAGAAAUAAACUUAAGAUUUUAUAUAUUUGGUACUGCCAUACGUGUAAUUAAAUCGGGUGAUUGCCGAUCAAAUUUUUAGGCUUCGGGCGAGUGGCAUGGAGACGCGACAAUUGCCCCCGGAUAGUUUCGUUAUUCAAGUAUACAGAGGGAGAGGUAUAUUUUAAAAGAAUAAAAAACUAAAAGAUUGUAAAGUUGUAAAUAAAAGCUAGUUCAGAGUAGACUUAUAAGAAUGUUAUAAAGAACGAACUGGAUUACGGUAUAUAAGACGUUUUAGUGUUUUCGCAUAUUUUUUUAUGUAUUUAACACUAUUUUUUACUUCACAAGCCAAGAAUUUUCAUGUAAAAUAAUGUUUAUAUUAUAACGAUAUUGAUAGCUACGAUUUUUAAACAUAUUCAUAAAUACACUGUCGUAGACCGUUUCAAAUUAGUUCUUUGUGUCUAAAUCUAUUCUCACAUUGUCAUCCCGAUACCUAUUUGUGGAUAUGUUCCCGUUUUUUGUAUAUUAUUGUAUAUAUGUGUUCUAUAAGUGGUUCUUCUUGUUUUUAUAUUUGUAAAUGUAAAAAAGACUGUGACGCUCUAUUUGGUUUUGUUUUGGGUUUUCGACUUUUUUAUUAUUUAUUUUUAAAAGGGCUCGCGAUAUUCGAAUAUCAUGUGACUUUGUGGAAUAAUGGGCCCCAUUUUACUGUGAUUUAUUCCUAUGUGCUGCUUAACUUAUUUUGCGUUUGUUGUGUUAUGAGACGAUUUUCGCCAUAAUAGUGUGUCCAAUUUUGCUUAUCAUAUUAUAAGGGUUAAUUAUUAUAUUUUGACUACGAAAAUAAAGUGAAAAUAAUCAAA